AUGCAAAAAGCCACAGAAACACUCAUCUCAGGCUUCAACACAGGCACCAUAAACGACAUCAUGGCCCAUCGCUCCGCUGCCUGCACGCAACGCAUCCUGCCCAAAACUCUCGGGCGAACGCCCAAGAACAACGCCGAAGCGAGAGAACACGUAACACACGUCUAUGACCUCUUACACGACUGGACUGUAACUUCUUAUUUCCCUCCCUCCCAAGCCUCCCCAUCGAUCGCUCUUCUGAUGACUCUCCAUCUUCUAGUUCACGGCAGACAACAUCCUUUACGACGUCGCGGCCAGGAAGAGCUGCUUCCACGCUACGAGUUCCGCGACAUCGCCCGUCGGGCCGUUUGGGAAUGAGUACUCUUUCUUUCUCUGGUUUUCGGAGGAUGGGGAGGAGAUUACUAGGAUUGAAGAGAUGGUCGAUUCGGCUUAUAGUAAGGAGUACUUUGCGAGGUUGACGGCGCAUAUGAAGGGCGUUGACGACGGGGAGGGAGCGGGGAGUAUCAUGAGGAGAGAUUAG